UUGUUUUUUUUUUCUCCAGGGGCUGGAGGGAACCUCACCUGCUGAACUGUGCUUCACCCAGGACUCAGAAUGAAUCACACACAGCUCGUAGCAAAAGGAGGGGAGGAGGAAGGGAAGACCUCCUCACCCUGCUAAGGCUCUGCCAAGGAGAAGGCUGCAGGGCUGAAAGAAGAAAUGUGAUUUCCUCCCUGCUGGCAGGAGUGUUUCUGGUGUCUGCACACUGAGGAACCACCAGUGAAGGUGUGAUCCACCCCAGCUGCCCAUACAAACAUGAAGUUCUGCUGGAUAAUCCUAUUUUUCCUGCUGCAAGGCACAGAAACUUUCCUGAUGAAAAAUGCUAAAGCCAAGCUGUGUUUACAAGCCAGCCCAGCCCCUGGGAAUUUAAUCCUGGAGGACUGUAAUCCAGAGUCAGCUUUCCAGGACUGGUCUUGGCAAGGGGAUUGGUUGCUGAACCAUGGCACGGGGAGCUGCCUCUCCUUGCUGAGGACCAGCACCCUGCAAACAAGUCCCUGCAGCAACCUGGGCCACACCAGCUGGGACUGCUCCAAUUCCCUGCUCUCUCCUCUGGGCAGCAGCCAGGGCUACCUGGUGGCCAACAAGAGAGGAGUUGCCCUCAGUAAUGGGCAAGGGCUGAAGGCUCAGUGGCAAGAUGGUGGAGAUCAGAGCAUCUGUGAGCAGAGAGCAGCAGAGCAGGAGGUGCACAUCCCUGCAGCCCUUGCCAGCACCCAUGGGUAUGACCAGAGAGCAGGGAAUAGCACCCUGGGGAUGGCUCAGGAAGAGCUGGAGGAGCUGCUCUGGUUCUUCCGGAGGGAAGAUGCAUCAGCAUGGAAUUACUCUGUCCUUGCACUUUCCUUCGUGGCCAUGACUUUGGGUCUUGUCCUCUUGGCCAUUGAUAUUGUGCAAAACAGGAAAAGGAAAAUCCACAUGUACAGAGAAGCCCAGCAGGCUGAGCUGGGAGCCAAGCAAGCCCUGAUGCCCGUGCAGGAAUACAGCCCCACUGAAGCUGAAAAGCAGGAGCUGGCACCCCAGGAUCAGAGAUCAGGAGAAGUGACAGUCCAGUGGAAGGAUGGGACUGUCACCUCCCUGUACACAGAACGACCUGAGGAUGCCAUGUAAUGGUUGGGGGGAGCCAAACCAUUCAAGCCCUGAGGAACAAGUCAGGAUAUCUCAGCUCCUGGUGAUGGAAGUUUAAAAAUGCAAUUUAGCCUGGGGAGAGAGAGGGAAAAAAGAAGAAAGCAGCAGAGUUGCACCCACAGAAGUGGCUCUGGCCUUGAGGCAAACCCGUGCCUCCAAGUUUCAGCUCCCAGCUGGAUAGUUGGCUGCCUCCCCCUUUUCUCCUGCACCAGAUUUCCCUCUCCCUCAGAUGCCAUCACCACACGUGGGUGGGAGCUGAGCAGGGCAGGAGGUGGGAGGCAGGAGGUUGGAGCUUUUCCUGCAGUCAGCCAGGUAUCUCCAUCAGGAAAACAGCCACGCUGGAGCUGAGGCACUUCUGUUCUUUUCAGAAAUUCUUUAUUAAAAUACUUUCCAAA